UUCAGUGGCUGGUAGAGAUAUUCGGGAACAGAUAUCAUGUUUUUAAUAAUAAAGACAGAAAUGAUAACACUCAGGUCACAGUGCUGCUGGAGAAGAUUGAGGAGAUGGUGGCAGGGAACAGAGGCAGCCAUUUUGAAAUGGACAGAACAAUAUGGAGGAGUGGAAAUCAGAGGAAGGGAGAUCAAAAGAGAGGAGGAUGAAGGUGACAAAGAGAAAGGAAGCCCUUAGAAAACACAUGUUAAUACACCAUCUGUCAGAAGUGAGGAUUGUGCUGCUGGGCUACAGAAAUGCUGGGAAAAGUUCAUCAGGAAACACCAUCCUGGGUGAUGAUAAGUUUGAGUUCAACCCAACUGCAAAGUGUGUGAAGAGACAAGGAUAUGUAACAGACAGGCAGGUCACUGUGGUUGAAGCUCCAGGAUGGCAGAGAGAUAAAGCUGUGAUGCAGUCACUUAUACAGGAGAUUGUGAUCAGUGUGUCCAUGUGUCCUCCAGGUCCACACGCUGUACUGCUGGUCAUGCGUUUGGACUUUACAUUUACAGAAAAAGUGAGAGAAGAGUUGGUCAGGUACGUAGAUCUUCUUGGCUUGACAGUCUGGAGUCACACCAUAGUUCUGUUCACCUUUGGAGACUCUCUGGGAGACACAACCAUAGAGAGACACAUUGAGAGUGAAGGACAGGCUCUCCAGUGGCUGGUAGAGAAAUGCGGAAACAGAUAUCAUGUUUUUAAUAAUAAAGAGAGAGAUGAUGUCUCUCAGGUCACAGAGCUGCUGGAGAAGAUCGAGGAGAUGGUGGCAGAAAACAAAGGCUGUCCUCUUGAAAUAUACAAAUGGUCACCACAAAACUUUGAUGACAAUGACAUUGAUAUUUGGGUAAGUGCAAAAAAUGAACAGAGAAGAGGUGGAGGACGUCAUCACCGAGGCACAGACUUGGGCAUGUCUGGUGAGCUGGAGAUUAAAAAUGAAAGUGCCACUAUGUCCAAAAUCCCUGGUUCCAGCCUCCAGACUCAUUCCAUCUUACCAUCAGUAGGUGGAUUUUCUCUGCUUAAUACCCCAUAUGACUCAGAUGUUCAGGUAAAUUGGAGCAGUGACUCAGAGGACCAGAGAGAGCCUGGUGCAGUGCAGGCAGUGACAAGAGAUUUUAGGUCUCUUCACCUUCAUGCUGGACAGUUUAAGUGUAAAUUCUCAGACCUUGUGUUUGAUAUGAAAGAGGAAGGCAGAGUGAUGUACAAAAUAGUGUCCUGGGACAGCAGUGUCUUGGAUGGAUUACGCCACAUGGAGCCUGCAGGACCUCUGUACAGUAUCGAGUGCCAUAAAGGUUCAAUCCGUCGCCUGCACCUUCCACACUGUGAGACCCGUACAGAUGUGGUUAAAUUGACUGUGGCUCAUGUGACUGGAGGAAAUGUGGAAAUGCUUCAGCCUCUAAAAGUAACAAAGAAACAUGUCAUCUUAGAAGUUCAGCGUCUCUCACCUUUUGGUCUCUUAAAAGCAUUGCUGCUCCCAGCAUUUCCCAUCAGAGCCCAAGUUCUGCUGUUCUUUGAGAAAAGCCUGAGUAAACUUCACAUCCAUCUGUUGCCAGGGAAUGUCCCGGUUAAAGAGGAUGAGAUGUUUGAGUGUGAUUAUGGACCCAACUACCACCCUACAUUUGAGGUGUUCCUUAAUACUGAGGUUAUAAAAGUCACAUUAAGUCUUUUGGAUGAAAAUAGCCUGGUGGUGUGGAAGCCUCGUGAUAUCAUGCUUACAGGUACACAGAGAGCCACAACCAGUAAAGAUUCACCUGGUGCUGACUUUGUGGAUAAAUACAAAGCAGAUCUCAUUCAGAGCGUUCCUUCAGUAAUGGAGAUAGCAGACUGUAUCAAAAGCAAGGAAUUUACUAGUGAAAUGUACAAUAAGAUCCAUGCAGAGACAACACCACAAGACAAAAUGAGAGAAUUGUACAAAUAUCUCAACUCAGCAGGACGAGCUGCAAAAGCUGAAUUCUAUCGAAUUCUUCGAGAGAAACAUCGUGAUUUACUGAUGGAGCUGGGGUUUGGAUCUGCUCAAGCUGUGGGGAUAGGAGAAGAGCUCAAGAUUUUUGAACUAUCAGGAGAUGAUGUAGGAAAGAAAAGGAUGAUCUGGGUUGGUUCUGAUUCACACAAAAACGGAUUGUUUUCUUCCCCUUUUCCAUUUUUCCAGACUGAGCCAGAGAUAUGUCACUGGUUCCCCUCCAUAUCCUGCAGGAUACUCUCUAACACAGAAAGUAAACCGGAGAAAUCUCUCACUUUCUCAGUGGAAACAGAGUCAGGUGACCUGCACCGUCUCUCAGAAGUCAGGAUUGUGCUCCUGGGCUGUAGAGGUGCAGGGAAAAGUUCAGCAGGAAACACCAUCCUGGGCAGAGAGGAGUUUGACUUACAAGAAAGUGCUCAGUGUGUUUUGAGACAGGGAGAAGUAGCAGGGAGGAAGAUCACUGUGGUUGAAGCUCCAGGAUGGCAGAGAGAUAAAGCUGUACAGUCACUUAAACAGGAGAUUGAGCUCAGUGUGUCGAUGUGCCCUCCAGGUCCAGACGCUGUACUGCUGGUCAUGCGUUUGGACUUUACAUUUACAGAAAAAGAGAAAGAAGAGUUAGUCUGGUACGUAGAUCUUCUCGGCUCGACAGUCUGGAGUCACACCAUAGUUCUUUUCACCUUUGGAGACUCUCUGGGAGACACAACCAUAGAGAGACACAUUGCAAGUGAAGGACAGGCUCUCCAGCGGCUGGUAGAGAAAUGCAGAAACAGAUAUCAUGUUUUUAAUAAUAAAAAGAGAGAUGAUGUCUCUCAGGUCACAGAGCUGCUGGAGAUGAUUGAGGAGAUGGUGGCAGAAAACAAAGUCUGUCCUCUUAAAACAGACAUAAGGUCAUCACAGGACCUUGAAGAUAUGUGGAGAAGAGCAAAUAAAAACCUGAGGGGAGGUGGAGGAUUUCCUCCCAGAUCCACAGACUGGCCCAUGUAUGGCACGUUUAUGGGUGCCACAAUGUCCAAUAUCCCUGGUUCCAGCCUCCAGACUUAUUCCAUCUUACCAUCAGGAGCACCCAGAGGAACAAGAACAACAGCAACACCAAGAAGAGCAAUAACAUUCUCCCCUGUACUGACUUCUGAUUCUGAUGAAGGCUCUUUAGAAGAUAAAUACAGAUAUGAUUUCUGUUGGAGCAGUGACUCAGAGGACCAGAGAGAGCGUGGUGCAAUGCAGGCAGUGGCACUACAAAACAAAGGAUUUUCUCUUGAGACAGACACAAGGGCAUCACAGAACCCUGAAGAUAUGUGGAGAAGAGGAAAUAAAAAAAUGAGGGGAGGUGGAGGAUUUCCUCCCAGAUCCACAGACUCGGGCAUGUAUGUUUUAGGCGAUUUUUCAACACCUGAUUUUGAUUGUCAGCCUCCAAUGUUUACUGUCCCCAGCCUGACCCCUGGCCUGCAUCCUGUGUCUUUAGGCACGUUUAUGGGUGCCACAAUGUCCAAUAUCCCUGGUUCCAGCCUCCAGACUUAUUCCAUCUUACCAUCAGGAGCACCCAGAGGAACAAGAACAACAGCAACACCAAGAAGAGCAAUAACAUUCUCCCCUGUACUGACUUCUGAUUCUGAUGAAGGCUCUUUAGAAGAUAAAUACAGAUAUGAUUUCUGUGACUCAGAUGUUCAGGUAAAUUGGAGCAGUGACGCAGCGGUCCAGAGAGAGCCUGGUGCAGUGCAGGCAGUGACAAGAGAUUUGAGGACUCUUUACCUUCAUGCUGGACAGUUUAAGUGCAAAUUCUCAGACCUUGUGUUUGAUAUGAAAGGGGAAGGCAGAGUGAUGUACAAAAUAGUGUCCUGGGACAGGCGUGUCUUGGAUGGAUUACGCCACAUGGAGCCUGCAGGACCUCUGUAUAGUAUCGAGUGCCAUAAUGGUUCAAUCCGUCGCCUGCACUUUCCACACUGUGAGACUCGUACAGAUGUGGUUAAAUUGACUGUGGCUCAUGUGACUGGUGGAAAUGUGGAGAUGCUUCAGCCUCUAAAAAUAACAAACACACACGUGAUCAUAGAAGUUCAGAAUCUCUCACCUUUUGGUCUCUUAAAAGCAUUGCUAUGGCCAGCAUUUCCCAUCAGAGCCCAAGUUCUGCUGUUCUUUGAGAAAAGCCUGAGGAAAUUUCACAUCCAUCUGUUGCCAGGGAAUGUCCCAGUUGAAGAGGUGCAGAAGAGACACAAGAGUAUAAGAUACAUUACAACAAGCUCCAAAUGUGAGCUGACCCCUGGUAAAAAAUACAGGCCGUGCUGUAAGACUACUGACCGUGAAUAUGUUUCCCAACCAGAGGAUGAGAAGUUUGAGUGUGACUAUGGACCCAACUACCACCCUACAUUUGAAGUGUUCCUAAAUACUGGGGUUACAAAAGUCACAUUAAGUCUUUUGGAUGAAACUGGCCUGGUGGUGUGGACGCCCCGUGAUAUCAACCUCACAGGUACACAGAGAGCCGCCACAAGUAAAGAUUCACCUGGUGCUGACUUUGUGGAUAAAUACAAAGCAGAUCUCAUUCAGAGAGUUCUUUCAGUAAUGGAGAUAGUAGACUGUAUCAAAAGUAAGGAAUUUACUAGUGAAAUGUACAAUAAGAUCGACGCCGAGGCAACACCACAAGACAAAAUGAGAGAAUUUUAUAAAUAUCUCAACUCAGCGGGACGAGCUGCAAAAGCUGAAUUCUAUCAAAUUCUUCGAAAGAAACAUCGUGAUUUAGUGUUAGAGCUGGAGUCGAGAUCAGGGUCGGGAUAUCUCCGGAUCUUUUUCCCCGCAAUUUUCCAUUCACCUGAACAGUACAGAACUAACCCGUUGGUUCUGAUUCACACAAAAACGGAUUGUUUUCUUCCCCUUUUCCAUUUUUCCAGACUGAGCCAGAGAUAUGUCACUGGUUCCCCUCCAUAUCCUGCAGGAUACUCUCUAACAGAAAGUAAACCGGAGAAAUCUCUCACUUUCUCAGUGGAAACAGAGUCAGAUGUGCAAAAGACAGAGGAGUACUCAGUGAUGGCCUGCAGUGAAGCCAGUCCUGUAAUACCCCAUCUGUCAGAAGUGAGGAUUGUGCUGCUGGGCUACAGAAAUUCUGGGAAAAGUUCAUCAGUAAACACCAUCCUGGGUGACGAUAAGUUUGAUUUCAUCCAACGUGCAAAGUGUGUGAAGAGACAAGGACAUUUAACAGGGAGACAGGUCACUGUGGUUGAAGCUCCAGGAUGGCAGAGAGAUAAAGCUAAGAAGCAGUCCCUCAAACAGGAGAUUGAGCUCAGCGUGUCCAUGUGUCCUCCAGGUCCACACGCUGUACUGCUGGUCAUGCGUUUGGACUUUACAUUUACAGAAAAAGUGAGAGAAGAGUUGGUCAGGUACGUAGAUCUUCUUGACCCGACAGUCUGGAGUCACACCAUAGUUCUGUUCACCUUUGGAGACUCUCUGGGAGACACAACCAUAGAGAGACACAUUGAGAGUGAAGGACAGGCUCUCCAGUGGCUGGUAGAGAAAUGCGGAAACAGAUAUCAUGUUUUUAAUAAUAAAGAGAGAGAUGAUGUCUCUCAGGUCACAGAGCUGCUGGAGAAGAUCGAGAAGAUGGUGGCAGAAAAUAAAGGCUGUCCUCUUGAAACAGACAAAUGGUCACCACAAAACUUUGAUGAUUAUGAUGACAUUGAUAUUUGGAAAAGUGCAAAUAAAAAACAGAGAAGAGGUGGAGGACGUCAUCACCGAGGCACAGACUUGGGCAUGUCUGGUGAGCUGGAGAUUAAAAAUGAAAGUGCCACUACGUCCAAAAUCCCUGGUUCCAGCCUCCAGACUCAUUCCAUCUUACCAUCAGGCCUCCAACGUAAAAAAAAAACUGUGCCACAUCGAGACAUGCAGACUAAAAUGAUGCGCUGUGACGACCCCAAACAGGGAGCACCUGAAAGAACAACAACAACAAGAAGAACAACAACACUCUCCCCUGCACUGACUUUUGAAUCCACUUGUGUUGACUCAGAUGUUCAGGUAAAUUGGAGCAGUGACUCAGAGGACCAGAGAGAGCCUGGUGCAGUGCAGGCAGUGACAAGAGAUUUUAGGACUCUUUACCUUCAUGCUGGACAGUUUAAGUGCAAAUUCUCAGACCUUGUGUUUGAUAUGAAAGGGAAAGACAGAGUGAUGUACAAAAUAGUGUCCUGGGACAGCAGUGUCUUGGAUGGAUUACGCCACAUGGAGCCUGCAGGACCUCUGUACAGUAUCGAGUGCCAUAAUGGUUCAAUCCGUCGCCUGCACCUUCCACACUGUGAGACCCGUACAGAUGUGGUUAAAUUGACUGUGGCUCAUGUGACUGGAGGAAAUGUGGAAAUGCUUCAGCCUCUAAAAGUAACAAACAAACACGUGAUCAUAGAAGUUCAGCGUCUCUCACUUUUUGGUCUCUUAAAAGCAUUGCUGCUCCCAGCAUUUCCCAUCAGAGCCCAAGUUCUGCUGUUCUUUGAGAAAAGCCUGAAUAAACUUCACAUCCAUCUGUUGCCAGGGAAUGUCCCGGUUAAAGAGGUACAGAAGAGAUACAAGAGCAUCAGAUACAUUACAACAAGCUCGAAAUGUAUACUGACCCCUGGUAAAAAAUACAGACCAUGCUGUAAACCUGCUGACCGUGAAUAUAUUUCCCAACCAGAGGAUGAAACGUUUGAGUGUGAUUAUGGACCCAACUACCACCCUACAUUUGAGGUGUUUCUUAAUAAUGAGGUUAAUGAAGUCACAUUAAGUCUUUUGGAUGAAAAAGGCCUGGUGGUGUGGAAGCCUCGGGAUGUUGUGCUUAAAGGUACACAGAGAUCCACAACCAGUAAAGAUUUACCUGGUGCUGACUUUGUGGAUAAAUACGAAGCAGAUCUCAUUCAGAGAGUUCCUUCAGUAAUGGAGAUAUUAGACUGUAUCAAAAGCAAGGAAUUUACUAGUGAAAUGUACAAUAAGAUCCAUGCAGAGACAACACCACAAGACAAAAUGAGAGAAUUGUACAAAUAUCUCAACUCAGCAGGACGAGCUGCAAAAGCUGAAUUCUAUCGAAUUCUUCGAGAGAAGCAUCACAAUUUAGUGACAGAGCUGGAGUCAGUAUCGGGUCUGGAUUAGUACAGAGACUCGUUUGUGUAGUUUGUGCAGAAAUAUUCAAGUAGAACCAACAGCACAUCAGUGCUCAUCAGAGCUGGAAAAACGUCUUAAUUCAAGAGGAAUUGUUGAAAGAAAGAAGAAGUCAAACAUCAGAAAUGAAACCGAAUGAACAGAAGUCAAUACAACAAUACAAAUGUUAACAAGGAAAUAUAAAAGCAUUUGAAAUAACAAUUUAAAUCACAGUUAUUUCUUUCACCCAUUCUAUUUUGAUGUGAUAGUAUAUGCAGGUAGAGGUGCCCACCACUGGUCCAUGGUCCAAACUCUGUAGUUCUUGAGUAUUUUAGAAUUGUUUUGAUUUCUCUGACCACAGUUUCAGUUUCAGAAAAUAUUCUGUGAUUGGCUUGUUUUCUGAAUUUACUCCAUCGACCCUCCUACCAUACACCUCAUUAUACAGUAUCAUGUCAUUUUAAAGGCUCUCAAGGAAUGUGACUACAUCUGUUUUGUCUGCUGGCUAUCAGUAGUUUCUUGCUGAUUGCAAGAGAGAUUACAAGAUUCUGCAUUCCUGUAGCUUUUUCUUAUUUACCUGAUGACUAGCGAGACGGUUCUUUCCAGACUACCAGACAGAUUAGUCAUGAUUUAGACGUCAUUCUCAUCUAAAUUUAAAUGUAAAUGUCAUUCAUAGGCAACACCCAUACAAUUGUAAUCUACAUAAACAUCAUUUUUUGAGAUGUUUCUCUUCUGCAGCUCUUCUUUAGGACUUCUUUAGAACUUUUUUUUUUGCACAUUCUUACAGAACAUUUUAAAUCUAAAGAAUUAGAGUAACACUUGGACAGCAACAUUUGAUGCAGCUUUAAUGACUAGGAAAAAUGACAAGGAGAAAUACAACUAAAUAAUCAACUAAAUGUUAUGUUCUUAUUAUAAAUGUAAUAUAAAUGUUAUAUAUAUAUAUAUUUUUUUAUUACUUCAAGACCUCAUCAUUCAUUUAAUCCCUUUAUCGUUACAUUUAAUGUCAUGAAACAUCUACAGAACAGUUUCAGGAAGCUUUUAUUGUCAUUUCAACCAUGUACAGUUGACAUAGUACACAGUGAAAUGAAACGAUGUUUCUCCAGGGCCCUGGUGCUGCAUAAAAGAACACAGAGCUACAAAACAACGCAGAAAAAUUGUUCCUUUAAAUAGGAUUGCACAAUGUCUUUACAUACCUGUAGGUGUCCACUGAUGGUAUGAUAUGUAUAGACGUAUGUCCUUAAACUGAAAGAACAGGAACUGGAUUUUUGUAGCUGUUUGUUGCUCUGUCAUUUCCUCACCUACAUAAGGUAG